GGAGCAGCGCCGGGCACUCGGCUCCCUCCUGCAGCAGCUGCUCAAGGAGAAGAAGCAAAGGGAGGAGGAACUGCAGCAAAUCCUGCUGGAAAUGGAGGCAAAGAGUGAAACCAAGCAGGAGAACUAUUGGCUGAUCCAGUACCAGCGCCUGCUGAACCAGAAGCCCCUGUCCCUGAAGCUCCAGGAGAAGGGUUUGGAGCAGCAGCUGGUGGCCCUGCUGCUGGAGCUCUCUGCUGAGCAGUACGUGCCCAUCUUCGCUCACCACCGAAUAUCCCUGGACACGCUGGGCACCAUGAGUGCCAGUGACCUGGAGAAGCUCGGUGUGACAGAGGCUGGGCUGCAGCAUGCCAUCCUCAGGCGGGCUCGGGAGAUCCUGGCUGUGGCCACGACCAUCCCAGGUACCCCCAGUUGUUUUUUGCCACAUUUUACCCUCCCAGCAGGUCCCUGGGCCCGGAGCAGGGAGCUCUGUGGGUCGGACACCGCUGUGGGUGUGUGAGGAGGGCAGGAGGGC